CCGGGCCGGGGGCGGCGGGGCCGGGCAGCGCGCACAAGUCGGCCGCGAGUUGCAGGCGGCCGGCGGCGGAGCGUUGGCUGUAACUUGACACCGGGGCGAGAGGCCGAGCGGAGAGAAGGAGCGAGAGCGGCGGCGGAGGAGGAGAGGAGCGGAGCCCCAGGGAGCGAGAUGGUGACCACCUCCUUCCUCUCCCCUUAGCGGCGCUCCGUAGCAGCAGCAGCAGCAGCCGCCGCCGCCGCAGGAGCACCGGGGACUCUUGUCUGCCGCGGAGCCGGAGGCAGCCUGCGAUGGGGACUGGACGGAUCCCCUGAGCUCCCGGGAACUUUCCCGGCCGCGGGCAGCCGGAGUCGGGCAGGCGGAUGGAGGAUGCGCUUCGCCCGGCGGGCUGCGUGAGCCGGCGGCGGCGAAGGGGAGGAUGAAGAAGAAGCAGCAGCACGGCGGCGGGGAAUGCCCGGCGCCCCGGUCGCCCGCGGCGGCGGCGGCGGCGGCGGGAGGGGGCCCGGGCCAGGGCGGGGGCUUGAAGAGGCGGCGGCCCCUCUCGCUGCUGCCCUUCCUCUCGCUGCGCGACUACGGCUUCUGCAUGGCCGCCCUGCUGCUCUUCUGUUUGGGCUCCCUCUUCUACCAGCUCAACGGGGGCCCCCCGCACUUUCUGCUGGACCUGCGGCACUAUCUGGGAAAUUCCACUUAUUUGGAUGACCACGGACCACCACCUCAAAAGGUACUUCCUUUCCCCAGUCAGGUGGUCUACAACAGAGUUGGAAAGUGUGGGAGUCGAACUGUGGUUUUGCUUUUGAGAAUUUUAUCAGAGAAACAUGGAUUCAACCUGGUUACAUCUGACAUACAUAACAAAACAAGACUGACCAAAAACGAACAGAUGGAAUUGAUUAAAAACAUAAGCACUGCUGAGCAGCCCUAUUUAUUCACUAGACAUGUUCAUUUCCUCAACUUUUCAAGGUUUGGAGGAGACCAGCCGGUCUACAUCAAUAUUAUUAGAGAUCCUGUCAACCGAUUCCUAUCCAAUUAUUUUUUUCGACGUUUUGGAGACUGGAGAGGAGAACAGAAUCACAUGAUCCGUACCCCCAGCAUGAGGCAGGAGGAAAGAUACCUGGACAUUAAUGUAUGUAUCCUUGAAAACUAUCCUGAAUGUUCCAAUCCCAGGUUAUUUUACAUCAUACCGUAUUUCUGUGGACAACAUCCAAGAUGCAGGGAGCCUGGUGAAUGGGCCCUUGAAAGAGCAAAACUGAACGUUAAUGAAAAUUUUCUGCUUGUGGGCAUUCUGGAGGAGUUGGAGGAUGUGCUGCUUUUAUUAGAAAGAUUCUUACCUCAUUAUUUCAAGGAUGUGCUUAGCAUCUACAAAAAUCCAGAACAUAGGAAACUUGGCAAUCUGACUGUGACAGUGAAAAAGACCGUCCCCUCUCCAGAAGCAAUACAGAUCCUCUACCAACGCAUGAGAUAUGAAUAUGAGUUUUAUUACUAUGUCAAAGAACAAUUCCACCUGCUAAAGCGCAAGUUUGGACUGAAGUCUCAUAUCAGAAAACCACGUCCCAGACCUGAGUUCUUCAUCCCUUCUCCCCUGGAAACUGAGGAACCAAUAGAUGAUGAGGAAGAAGAUGAUGAAAAGUGGCUAGAGGAUAUCUAUAAAAGUGGAGGUAAAGAAGUGCUGUUAUCGCCAUUUCAUACAUUGGGAAUGGAUACAGCAAGUGGUGCUUAAAAACCCAGAACAAGAUGCAAUGCCUCGCUGUUCAGCAACUACAACGGAGUGAAAAGACAGCUCUCACACAGCUCACCAAGUAGUCGGUUUUGUCUGAUGUACUCAUAAACCUGAACUUGUGAUAGCUUCUACUGACUGGGCAGGGGCAUAUGCCUUCACCUGAGAGCUCUGGUGCUUUCCUCUCAUCUCUUCCCUGUCCUUCCCUUACCUGGACAGCACACAUUGUUAAAACUUUUGCCUAUGUCUUCUGGGGAGCAUCUUAAGGAAGGUUGCACAGAUGUGGACAGUGCUCUGUCCAAGUGUCUGUGGAGAUGCACAAGCUGCUGAGUCUUGCUCUGAACUUUGGUACUGGGGGAAGGCUUUUGAUUUUGAGCCCACCUUGCAGAUGUCGGCUUCAUUCCUGCUCCAGAUCUAGUUUCUCUUCUGAGUAUUAGGGCGGGUGCUGGCCUGUCUCUGUUGAAAUAACUGAGGCUUAGCAAUACCAAAUCCGUCCCCUCUGGCUUUGGGCCGGGAGGCUGAAAUGCACUGGCAGGUAAGCCCAUCAGGGUGCAAAGAAGUCUCCAUAGUGUCAGUCCUCCAAUGUGAGCAGAGGCACUCGGUGUCAGCAGCAGCCCUGGGGCUGGUGUCUGAGUGGGGUGGGGGAAACGGAGCCGGUUUCUCAAUCGUGGCGUGCUAGUGGGCACUUCUGCCAAUCUCCCUUGGACAAGUUUCUGCUAGUCUUGUCGGCACUUGGGAAAGAAACUUUUUUCCUGCACUUUUUGGACAGGAAGCUGGCAAAGAAAACCUAGCAGUGCUUCUCUUCCAUAGAAGCUACAGAGAUCCAGGGGAGAUGUCAGGGUGCAGGGGAGGGAAAGCAGCAGCCUCCUGCCUGCCCCACAGGGGCUGGGUUCCAAGCUCUUUCUAUCAGACCUAGGCAGGAUGGUGCUGGUAGAGGACAGUGCUGCUCCUUGAAGCAUGAAAACUCAGCUACUCACAAUGGAGUUUCGUGUCAGAAACUUAGCCAGGAAAGCUCCCUGGAGUCCCUCUGCACGGUUGUAGCUUUCCAUCAGGUUUUGCCCCAAAGAACAUGAUUUGAGCCAUCAGCACUGUCUGGAAACUGAGCCUUCUAGUGACUCCACAAUCCAGCCCUUGUCAGUCACACCACUUGGGUCUGUGCAUGGGGCUCUUUGUGAUAAACCUCACUGGAAUUUGGAAAACAUUCAGCAAAUUUGACCUCUACUUUGUCUUAUAAAUAUCAGUGUCAAGCAGCAUCAUGCAUGCUUUAUCACUCCAAAAUGGGGAGAAGGAGAUGGAAUUAGAAUGCAGUCAGCUCUGAUUUUCCAAAACAGUAUCUUCUGAGUUAAAAAAGCUUUUUACUUCUCAAAAAGAAAAUACAAUGUCCUCUUUUUGUCCAGGGGCCAAGGCUUCUUCUCAAACUUUCUCUAAAUUGUCGUGGACAUGGACUGGUCAACCCAAAGGAGCCUAAAACAUUUUUGUCUCUUGUAGGUAGAGCACUAUGUCAGCCAGCUCUGGCAAGGAAGGUGAGAUGAGACCCAACCCAUUUCUCUGUUCUCACCACAGGAAAGGGAACAGAGGCAUCAGCAAAACCUUGGCCAAGAACGGCUCUGACCAAAGUUAAGACUAACUUCUCUAUAAAAUAGAAAAGUGCAAAAUAGAUAGCAAAGCUUACUGGGGCAAUCAAGGGAAAACACAUCUAGCUGCAGGUCAGCAUCUUUUCCAAAAGCUGCUGCUCCUGCUAACAUAAGGAAGAUCAGACCCUUCCUUCCCCUAAAAGAGGGAUGUGGUGCUGCAGUGUCCCCUCCCUGGCCCCCCCUGCAGAGCUGCCGGGCCAUGGGGCCGUGCCGGUGCUGUGGCAGGCGGCAGAUGAGGACGCCUUGGGAGCCCUGCGCAGCUGGCGGCCCCGCCUGCUGCCGAAUCACUGUGUGGCCCAGCCUAAUUGCUUAAAGCUUUCCUUUUCCCCUCACCGCCAAUGCUGGAGUGUAGUAUUUAUCUACUCUGCAAAACUUUUAUGAGAAUUGGUACGGUUUUGUAGAAUUCCUGAAUAACAGAGAUCACAAUAGCUGCAGUGGAGCCAGACUAUGCAAACCCAAAUGCCUGCACUGUUUGCCUCAUACACAGUCUGUUCAGGGAGGAGUUGUGCUCCUCUGCCUCCCACCAGUCCCUGUGGAAAGUGCCCCAGACCCCUCACAAUCCAGCUGAGGUGCAACUGCUCAAUGCUUCCAGCACUUCACCCUCCACCUCCCUCCUUCUCUUUCAUUCCCAGGCUCAGAAAGGAGCAUGGGCACCACUGGAAGACAGCUGAAUGUAGCUCUCUAAACCACUUGGGGACUUUGCACUAGUUGUUGGAAAUAAAAAGGAGGUCCUGAGAAUUUCCCUGGGGAGAUUUUCCAUGAGAAAAACUUCAUUGUGAUCCUACCGGAUAGUGAGCUGGGAAAAGUAAUUUGAAACAGGAUAGGUAAUCCCCACCUUCUUCAGAAUAGCCCUUCAGGUUUUGGCCAGCCCUUAUGUACUGUGAAGCCAACACGUCAUAUUGCUGAAGACUCCUCUUACCAGCAAUAUUUAAGGUCAAAUAGUAAUAGUAAUUACAAAUAGUAAUGAUAAUAAUGUUGUGUUUACUUCCCAGUGUUCAAUUGAAACAGUAGAUUCAGAAAAAAAAGAUGCUUUGCAUGCCUUGUGCAAGAAGGGGAUAAGUGCAGGUUAAACUGCAGAAGCCUCUUGCUGAGGCGGCCUAGACUGCAGUGCUCAAUGCCUGGGAACAGCCAGCUUUCCCUUCUUCCUUCCUCUCCAGUGCAUGCCACUCAUUUCAGUUUAGAUGAAACAGAAAAAAUUACCAAGCCAAACCAAACCCAAGUAUCCAUUGCUUUUUCCAGCCUGUCCUUCCAAAAGUAGUUUGCUUUAGUCCAGCGAGUCAAAAGGUAUUACUCCCUUACUCAUCAUUCCCAUUUGCAUUGCUCAAGGCGAGAUCUGGCAGAGAAACGGUGUGGACAAGCCCAGAACCUUGCACCAGCACUUGGUAGCUCAUUCCUGGGGAACCACUGCAUUGACUGUCGGGACUGCAGGCUUGGAGACUCUCUAAAUGGUGAUUUUGUUCAGGGCCAGUGGAACCUGCAUGAAGGUGCCACCAUAAACGGGAUCACAAUCUGAAACAACCAAGGGGAGCAAAACCAGCCUGGCUACGCAGCAAUGGCAAGUUCCCACCAUAGCACUGCAGUGACACAGUCAGCAUGGGUUUGGUUUGUGCCCUGUAUAGGAACAUAAGCAAGUGUAUGUGCAUAGCUUCAAAACACCAUGGCCCUCCAGAACUCCACAGGGGGGUUAGAACGAAAGAGAGAAGGGUUUUGCUUCUAAAAGGUUUAAGAGAAGUUUAGAGAUCAGAGCAGAGAAACCAAAAAAGAGGUGAUAUGCAUGGCAGGGUAUAAGGAGCAGAACCCUGUACAAGAGGGGUUGAGGAAAGCUGCUCCUGGUGCAGGUAUUGAGCAGCUGGAUAUCCAUAAGGGAGCUGUCAGAAAGACCAGUCACAGCCUCUGGUUCCACCUUCCCUGCCCCUGAUGGUGAGGGCACACUUUGUGAAAAGCCCACACCUGAUAAAAGGAGCACACAGCAACGGGGAAAAGUUUCAACCUGUGCCCAGAUGAAGUGAUGGAUCCAGGUGAAACUGCUUAAUAACCCUGGCAGUCACUGGCUUUCAGGUGCUGGAGCCAGUCUGAGGGAAAUGAGUAGAGAUGGAAUCUGUUCGUACUUUUUCUUUCUGGUCAUCAAAGGUCAGUGCUGGUGUAAAUCAACUAAUGCAGCAUAUUUUUAAAAGGAAGCAAGGCUGCCAAAAAUACUGAUUUAAGCUUUCUUCUAGCAAGCUACCAAUAUCAGCUUUGUUUAAAGUUUUUCUUCACCUCUCUAUCUCAACCUUGUGCCCUCUGCUUCUCAACAAAAAGUACUAAAGCCAAGGGAGGUGCUGGGCUGAUUCACUUUUGUCAGAGGAAGGGUUUUUCCUCCUGCUGCUGCGGUCCCUUGUUCCCAUACCUCGUGGGUCUCUGCAUUUCCAUUGCAGAGCCUGUGCUCCGCAAAAAUGCACCGCAAGCUUUCAAAGAAUGCAUCUGUUUAUAUUA